AUGAAACCCCACAAGAAAAAAUUCAGCGGUGAACGAGGGAAGUCUGGGGAACGAGGGGCCAUGCAGUUGGCGCAUUACGGCCAAUCCACUGAUUUAGAAAGCGGUUCCAAGAAGUACAAGUGUGAAACAUGUAGUAAGAGCUUUUUGGAACAUUAUAAUCUUUUGGUUCAUCAAAGGAGCACACUGGAGAACGGCCUUAUGUAUGCCCUAUUUGUAGCAAAGAAAUCAGGUAUCACAAAGACUACGCUGAGCACAAGCGGUCACAUGCACAGAAAGCAGCGUUCACUUGCCAAAUUUGCGAUAAAACCUACAGAAGAAAACGUGACCUUGAAAGACACCUACACUCGCACCGUCAAGAAAGCAGGAAUGAUGGAGGAGCAUCAGUGCCAUAUCUGUGGCAAAACUUCUGAAACGUCUGUUGAUUUGGAAACCCAUUUAAGACACCACAUACCCAGAGUGAAGUCGGUUAGCUGCUCGCAAUGUCAGAGGAUGUUUACAUCGGAUGGAACGCUUAAAAUCCACAUGGAUAGAUUCCACAAGUAA